AUGUCACUCCUCGAUCCUCGCCAAUUUCUUCUACCGGCUUUCUACCUGGAUCCUAGCACCCAAGCAUUCUUAACUCAAGCAGUGUCCAAUCAUAAACUUGGAACUGCGUCUUCGUUCAGAAUAUCUGAUAUUCUAGAACCCUCACCAAACAACUCAACCUACUCACAUGAUCUUGAUCCAUCUCCACAAUCAGUGCGUUCCGAUUUGUCCACUUCCCCGAGAGCCAGCAGUCCGGAUCGGAAUAGUCCAAUGAGCAAAAAGUCGCGGAAGGCAAGGACCAUUUUCACGGAUAAGCAACUUCAAGAGCUCGAGAACACCUUUGAAAAACAAAAGUAUCUCUCUGUACAAGACAGGAUGGAUUUAGCUCAUCGCAUGGGACUUUCGGACACUCAAGUGAAAACGUGGUAUCAAAAUCGGAGAACAAAAUGGAAGAGACAGGCAACCAGCGGAAUGGAUUUGCUUUCAGAACCAGGCAACCUGUCGGCAGUUCAAAAUCUUAUUCGAAGCAGUCCAUAUUGGGCAAACUAUAUCACGGCGCUUCCAAUGGGUGGUCAAAUGGGACAAAUGCCAAUGAUGGGUCUUCCAAUGCCGAUGAUUGUUCCUCCAGCUCAACAUUUUCAAGCAACAUCUUCUUCGAACUCCCCGUCCACUCAUAAAUCAAGUGAAUCACCUCAACUUGAUGUUUCCAGCAAUUCUGAUUGA